GUCGUUCUUAGUCCGUCUCAAGCAUUGGAGGAAGCAGCAAGACACACAGCACCUUGAGAUCUUUAUUGAGGCACACAGUAUGGAAAAGGGUCAGCAUCCUCCUGCAGAUUUGACUGCACCGCCAUACCCUGGUCCCCCUGUGAACUACGGUGCGGCAGCCUACCCUCCUCAGCCAGUAGUCCAACAGCCAAAUCUACAGCCUGCCGUCCAAUAUGUGGCACAACAGCCUCAAAUUGUACAACCUGUGACCCAGGUGGUCAUGGUGCAGCAGCGGCCUACAGACACCUCUGGCCAGAUGAUGUGUCCCCACUGCAAAAACACUGUUGUCACCGAUACUGAGUACAAAAAUGGUCUGCUCACCUGGCUUAUCUGUGGUGUGCUAGGAAUCUUUCUGAUCUGGCCUUGCUGUCUUAUUCCAUUCUGCGUCACUAGUUGCAAGGAUGUGGAACAUCGUUGCCCCAACUGCAACAAUGUCAUUCAUAUCUACAAACGCAUGUGAAACAGCAGUGCAGUGACUCCUGUCCAGCCACAGCCCUGCCAAGCUUCAACAGAAAGUAGAAUCAUCAACCAUGACUAAGUAAACAGUUGUACAAUAGCAAACAUAUUUCUGAUGACUAAGUAAACAUCUGUACCAUGCCAAGUUUAUGUCUUGAACCAGAAACACGCCAAACCACUCCGUACAAACAAAAGUAAUUGCUGGACUUGAUGUGAUAUGUCCACUUUUGUAAAUGAUAUUCAUACCUGUACAUAGUUUGGAGAUGAUGAUAUGGCAUAUUAAUUGUGAUUUUAAAAAUGGAAUUUCAUGUGAACUUGUGAUUUAAAAUGUUUAAUCCUUAAUUUGUAAAAGUAUUGUUAUAUAAAAUAUGAAAAAUGUAUCAAAUCUGUAUCGACAGUCUUGAAAAAGCAGAAUGAAACACAUAAAUCAAACUUUCUGUUAAGAGCAGACAGAGCUGAAUCCCAAAUACUAUUUUUACACAAAUCAAAAUUUAUAGAUUAUUGCUUGGUGGUCAAGGUUUUCUGUUAUUUUAAAGUUUUUUACUGCAAUAAAAACAUGUGCAACAAAAUAAAAUAAACUGGCUUCACAUGGAAGCAGCUUAGU